GUCAAUCGAAAUCGAACAGGCACAAAUCAACACAACUAAAUUCAAUUCCCUCGUAAGCUCCUCUUCCAAUUCGAAACCCUAAUAACAAAAGCCCUAACCUACGAAAUUCGCCGAAUCGUUGACGAUAAUGGAGUUUGACGAAUACGAGUAUCUGGAGAAGACGGUUGAGAAAGGAGAUGUGUCGGAUAGGAAGAUAGAAGAGAGUGGGAACGAGAAGAGCGAGAGGAGCUACAGAAAGAGAGAAGGAGGAGAGGAGGAAGACGGUGAUGAAGAGCGAGGUAGCAGUCGGAGUAAGAAGUCUCGUGGAGAUGGCCAAGAGAACGGUAAGAGGGAUCGUGGGGAGAAAGAGAGGCAUAGGAGCAGCAGAGACAAGGAGAGAGAGAGGGAUAAGGUUAGAGAAGGAUCGAGAGAUAAAGAGAGUGACCGUGAGAGGAGUAGCAAGGAGAGAGAUAGGAGUGAUAGGGACAAAACCCGAGACCGAGAGAGAAGAGAAAGGGAGAAGGAUAGAGAGAGGAGGGAGAGAAGGAGCAGUAGCAGAUCUCGGAGGGAGGAAGUAGCGGAAAGAGGAAGCAGGAGACACAAGGACAAGAAAGAUGAGCCUGAAGCAGAUCCUGAGAGAGAUCAAAGAACUGUUUUUGCAUACCAGAUGCCUCUUAAAGCUACUGAGAGAGAUGUUUAUGAGUUCUUCUCCAAAGCGGGCAAGGUGAGGGAUGUGCGAUUGAUCAUGGACAGAAAUUCAAGACGAUCAAAAGGAGUCGGGUAUAUUGAGUUUUAUGAGGUGACGUCAGUUCCAAUGGCCAUAGCUCUGUGUGGACAAAUGUUUCUUGGACAACCUGUGAUGGUUAAGCCCUCUGAAGCUGAAAAGAAUUUGGCGCAAACUAAUAGUACUACGGGUGGUACUGGACCUGCAGAUAGGAAACUAUAUGUUGGAAACCUGCAUUUCAACAUGUCAGAGCCGGAGCUUAGACAGAUUUUUGAGGCGUUUGGUCCUGUUGAGGUUGUUCAGCUACCAGUUGACGCUGAAACUAAGCAGUGCAAAGGUUUUGGCUUUAUUCAGUUUGCCCAUCUUGAACAUUCAAAGGCAGCCCAAAUUGCCUUAAAUGGAAAGCUGGAGAUUUCUGGUAGGACAGUUAAGGUGUCCUCCGUGUCUGAUCAUGUUGGUACACACGAUACUGCUCCAAAAUCUGCUGAUUUUGAUGAUGAUGAUGGAGGUGGACUGGCUUUAAAUGCACAAUCUAGGGCUCUGCUUAUGCAGAAACUGGAUCGUACAGGUAUCGCAACGAGCAUUGUGGGCUCUCUCGGAGUACCAGCAUUAAAUGGAACAGCUUAUAAUCAACCAGGCAUGGUUCCUAGUUUCCCAACGUCAGUGCUUCCAACAGCAGCAAACACUUCUUUUAUCACUGAGCCUGUUGGCCAGCCAAGUGACUGUCUCCUACUGAAGAACAUGUUCGAUCCUGCAACCGAGACGGACCCGGAGUUUGAUCUUGAGAUUAGAGAAGACGUUAAGGAAGAAUGCUCAAGGUAUGGCAGAGUCAGCCAUAUUUAUGUAGACAAGAACAGUGCGGGUUUUGUGUAUCUGCGAUUUGAAACAGUGCAAGGUGCAGUGGCAGCUCAAGGCGUGAUGCACAGGAGGUGGUUUGCCCAAAAGAUGAUAACUGCAACUUUCAUGCCUCGGCAUGAAUAUGAGGCCAAAGCCAAGGACCAAAUUGAAUGAAGGCAUGUCUCCUUUCGUAUAUUUUCUUGUUCUGACUGUUUCUCACGAAACAGCAAGCUUGGACUGCAGACUGUUCCUUAGGCCGCUUCAAACCCAUUCUACACCCUUCAAUUCCAGAUUUAUCAAUUAGUCUCGUGAUCUCGUUUUGAUUUGAGCUCGAGAUGAUUCCAAGGAAGAUAACAAUCAACCUGCGACUUCAUCCGGAAAAAUGGUAUUAAUGUUGAUUGUCUGUAUAGAUACCAUCAUACAUAGUAGUAAAACGCAUGCAAAACAUUUUUUCGUAACCAAGUUCUAUAACAUAAGCACUUACUUUGUA